UCUUGCUGCACACACAGUACUCGGACGGAAGUAUAGCUUUGGGCGUAAAAUGUUGGAAUUAAUCUAAACACUGUUCCUGCUGAUUCAAUGGAUGUUUAAUUGCGAAAGGGAAGGAAAAAGUUUGCAAAGCACGAUGUUAUCUCGUGUGGAACGCUAUCAGUAGACUGCAACCAUAGAAAGAGUGACAUCCGCCGGACGACAUUACAAAAGCAGCAGCCAGUUGCGAAGGAAGUCGACAACAAUGGACUUCAAAUGUCCGCUCUGUGAUAUGCCAAUGGUAUCGCUGGAGAAGCUGAAACAGCACACCAAGAAUACACACAGUGCAUACUUUUGCGAUACCUAUCUGUUUCCACCGGAAAUACUCUUCCCCGGAGCGCCAUCCAGUUCAGUUCCGGAUAAUUUAGAAACAGUAAUAACCAGUGAACCGGUUUCCACACCGGAAGUGAUGAUCGAUCAAGUGGAGGAACCGUGCUGUGCUUGCUGUGAGUUCGAGGGAACCGAGGGUGACGGUGAGUGCGGACUGUGUGAUUGCAACUGCGAGGAUGAUGCCGGGGCUGAAUGCGACGACUGUUUGGUGAUGUAAGUGUUACAUAGUAUUUUAAGCAAGUUGCGGCUUCCCCAUAGGGUUAAUACUUCGAGAGUAGCCCCCUGCCAACCAUAAACCAUAUGUUCAAACGUACGAGUCUCAUUUUUGAAAGUGCCUAUACUUCUGCAAAAAUCAAACGUCACAUUUUAUAACAUCAACACAGUGGAAACCGAGCUCAAAGUUGAUUUUUGCAUAGAAAUUGUCGUGUAUCGAACAGCAAUCGAACUCUUCCAAUCAAGCAUACUAUUUUCAUAUUAAGAACGAAGGGAACUUUUGUGACAACAUACCAAAGAUUAUGUUCAAUGACUGUACAUUUCAUAAAUGGCUAUCGUAUCGUUGAAUUAAGUUGAAUAGAGAGUGUCGAACUGGUCCCACCACAGAGUAAACGAGGAGGCCUAUUUUUUAGGAUAAGAAGGGAAAUGGUUGAAAAAAAAAACUUGAUGUAAGACUAUUUUAACCGAUUUAUAGUGUGAUAAUCACAGACUGUAGAGCGAACUGAAACUGACACGUGGCUUGGAAAGCUCUAUCCAAGUAGAAUAUAGUAAAAAAAAUAGAGGCAACUUAUAUUAACUGUUAUAAUUUCCGCGAUGCCAAAACCACCCGCCCCUCCCGGAUGUCGGACGUUAUACGGAAUAACAUGUUGAACGAUAUGUUUAGUGCAGCUGUUAGUUUCAAUGUUAGUUCUAGUGGAAUUUCUCUGUGUACUUAGAAAUCGUUAGGCUGUUAGAAUUGUUGGGUUUUAGGAAGUAGGAAUAACAAGUAGAUUAAGAGAACAGGUCGGUUUGAGGUAUUGAUUGCGAGGAAGGCGAAUUCAUCGUUCAAGAUGUUGCUGGAAAUACAUCUUAAUGACUGUUGCAAACACUUUUAUUUUUGUAUGAUAUUUUAUUUAAAUUUGAUUUUUCAUUCGGAGUGUUUAAAUUAACUUGAAAAAAGAUUUUUCUGUGUUACUCUUCCAAAAUUUAUGAAAAUUUUUUUAAAAUAUGCUUGUUGCCUGAGUUAAAACUGUUUUUUGACUGAGAAAAUAGCUUAACACAAGAGUAAUUCAUUAAUGCCUUAAUCUGAUGUCCAGAAAACUUUCCAGCAAUCAUCAGAUGAACAUGGACAGCAUGAGAUGCGUAGAAUACAGUAGUAGGAACUGGAGUGCCAUAUUAGACAUACUCAAUAGACCGUCAACCGAAAAUAAGAACUCGAUAACAUUUUCGUGGAGUAUGAAUUCAAAACGUUGCUUUUGACGAACUCACAAGAAUUUCCUAGUAAACAUGUUCCUUAUGGGAGAGAAACAUCUACAGUAGUACAGUGUGGACCGUAAAAAUACAAAUAAAUUUUGGCGCUUUUAACGAUAUUUUCACUACUUACACAUAUAUUGUGGAGUCGUGAGGUUCUUAAACCUCAUUCGAUGUAAAUAAAAUAGUUGUAUUCGUUUAAAACACGAACGAAAUCUGUUAUUACGGAAUGCUAUAUGGCCUCCGUUUAUCGCGUAAUGUAUUCUCUAAUACGUUGGUAAUCGUCAUUCUUUUAUCCAGGUGCAUAUAUUUCUGGAUAACAUUUUAACACUCUCUUGAAAACUUGUUUCUACCGUGUAUAGUGCUUUAAAAUUAUUUUUUCUUAAAAUUGUUGGGGUCAUGAAAUACGAAAAACCUGUUUUGAUCAUGUGCUACAAGUUGUUCAAUUCCAAUGCUCAAUACAAUCUCCUAGAAUAUUUACAUUUGCGUGUAAAAGAUAGUCGAAUUUAUAUCAAAUGUGUAUUUAUAACCUUUAACGAAACAGUCGUGGGCAGCAGUACUUCAACGGAAUCCAAUUAAUUAGUUUACAAUAACUGCAGUCCUACUGAUAGUACUAACAAUUGAGCGACCGAAAAUAAAAGUCGCAAGGACAGAACAUGCUUCGUAAAACCCCGCUUCAAAUAUAUUAGAAUAUGAAAACCGAAUAUAAACUUCUAGCAUAAAAAUCGGAUUUGCACUUUCCUUUGUAAGAGUCGAAUAAAAAAAACCUUCAGUAUUACAAACCGGAAAAGUAUAUCCGACUCUUACAAAGUUGAUUUUGGUAGCCGACUAUUAAUCUUGAACAUCACGAUAUGCGGAUGCUCCUGCGAACGAUUUAUUUAUUUUUAACCGCGUCGGAUUUUUUAUAAGUGUGUAGCAUUUCGGUUGUCAUUGUAUUGCGCAUCAAGCAAAGCGAACACAAUGUGGAUAAAGAUGGGCUUCGAUUCUCUCUAAACGAUACAGUUCGUAUUUGAAGAUCGGCUCACAUUCGGUCAGCUUCAAAGCACAGUCAGAAAACACUGACUCGACGUAGUGGUGGGGUACUUCAGUCGGUGUUAAAUUCCUUUCUGUCCCGGACGUCUACAGCAAGGUAUCAACUGCACAAAACAUGAACUGUCCUUCCCGUCAUGUAUGGGAAGCAAGAACCAUGGUUUGGAUACACGUGUUCCAACCGAGGGUUCGGAUCCAGACACUUUUUUGGAUUUAAGCACCAAGGGGAUGGACUAGAUCUGGGACCCGCUCAGGAUCCGGGAACUAGUGCGGAUCCACGAACUGGUCCAGACCCGGUAACCCUAGUAAUAAUUGAGGUUUUAUGGCACUCUUGAAGCCCUUCUUAAAACUUAGAAUGCACUUGUAGUAUGCUAUAAAACUAGAAAAGUUACUUGGGAUGGCCCAGAUCCGGGAACUGGUAUUGGUCUAGUCUGAAUUAGUUCGGAUUUAUGGUCUGGAUUCGUGGUCUGUGCCGGACUCGGGGUUACUGCCUUAUAUCAACACCACUUGAGUUAGAAUAAACGCUACACUUGCUUGUAAAAGUAUUAGUUGAUUAAGCCUUUUCCCACCAAGCUAUAUUUGAUACAAUCAUUCCUCAUUGAUGUGUGUUCGAUUUUCUAUCUGCACACACAGUGACGCUGUUUAAUCUGUGAGUCGCUUUAGUCCGUGCGCAGUAUACGUGUGUACUCAUUUUACCUGUUUGAUUACACUAGUUUACAAGAAAAAUGAAGUUUCAAGAAAAAGUAUUUUUUAGACUAAUUUUGGGUCGCUGAACACGAAAACAAUAUUUAUUUUUUUGUUCAAAGAAGCGAUUUUGUGAUUUUCUCAAAAAACUCGUUUUUGAGCACUUUUUGUAGUUUUUAGUCAAUAUUUCGUGUCAAAAUCAUUCAAUUAAUUUACUUAAUAUGCAGGUUGAAAGGUGCCGAGAUGCCCUUUCCAAAAACAUAUAAUAUGUGUCGAUCAUAUGUAAAUUUUUUAGUGCUGCAAGCGACCAAAGUUUAAAAAAAGUGCAUUUUUGACCAUUUUUAAAAGUUACUCAUUUUUAAAUGAUUUUUUUACCGAAAAACAAAUUUUUUUUUCGGACCUUUUAGAAUCUAAGAUAACAAAUAAUAUCAUUACGUUAAUUUUAAGCCUAAUAUAACUAACAUCGGAUGAAAAAUGUUGAUGCUAUGGCACAUUGAGCGAAAUAGAAAUUUUAUGAUUUUAGCGGACCUGCCCUGGUGCGGCGGUUUAGAGGGUGUAGCACUGGUUUCAUAAGCCAGUCGUCAAAUAUUCGAGUCCCUAUCGGGAAGGAGUCUCAGUGGGAUCGUAGCACUAGCCACGUAAUUUUCUGUGAACUGAGAAUCUGCUGUGAAGUCUGUUGAAGCAGAAGGCUAAAAUUCCUUUAAUUCGUAAAAUACGUACUCACCACAGACAAAAUAAAACUUUUCCAACGAUAUUUCCACAUUUUCAAAAGAGCACUUAGUUGUACAAUGAAAUAUCCAAAAACAUUCAAAUGCCGCAGGAUAGAUGAAUGCAAGCUCGAGAAGACAGUACCAAACACAAACAAUAACUAUCAAGUAUAGAAGUUUAUUUCAGCUGAAAGUAUGAUUGUGCGAAAAAUAAAAAGUUACAAUUUUCACUCAGUGCUUCAUACCUACAUACUUUCAUAUCUACCAUUGAAUUAAAAUUUAUGCAAAAAGCUUAUUUAUCUCAUUAGAUUCUAAAAGAAUUUUCUUCUGUCCUUGAUUUAUUAUUAAAAAUUUACUAGAAAUGUGCAUUUUUUUAAAAAAGGUCGAACAUUAGACUAUUUUUUACUUUGGUCUAUUGUAAUCAUAAUAAACGUACAUUUCUCGACAAACAUACGAUUACGGCUUAAAAGCCAACUGUCAACUGUCUCUUUGAAAGGAAAUUCCGGACAAACCGUUACUCGCUAAACGCAGUUCAUAGCAGUUAGACUAUCAGCACCGGUGCGUAAGCAAAUGCGUGUGUAUUUUGAUUACGCUAAACGAUAAUAUUUUAUUUAGACACCCGUUUUCGCACCGGUCGUUGGUAAAUAGGUUGCCAAAAUAAUAAUCUGUUUUUACACCGGUAGUUGUUAUUAUAGUUACGUUACAUUUUUUGCAAUCAUGCAAUAAAAUAAUCGUUUUUUUAAUGAUAUGGACUUUAUUCAGUGAAAAACAUAUUGCUAGAA